AUGUUUAUUUCAACCAGUUUUCUCAUUUUCCUAUGUUCUAUUACAAUAAUAAAAACUGAUCGAACUAUUCGCCGUUUACCUUAUAAACUUGAUAGUGAUAUAACUGCAUUUGUAGGUGAUAAUAUAAUUAAUUAUGAAUUAACACGUAUUGAUACAAGUGGUCCCAUGUCAACUCUCGAGAUUGAAACUGAACAGUGGGUACAUGAUUGUUGUUUUAUAGUUACAUCUCAACCUGUUCUUCGUAUUCGUCUUAAAGCAGAAAAUAAUUAUCCAAAAAUAACUGCUUAUUUACGUCUUCGUACAUCAUUAUCAUCAAUUGUUAUGACUGGUACAGGAAUGAUAACAACGACAAAUUCAAUUCAAUCAGAUUCAUUAGUAUUUGAAUUAUCAGGUACUAGUAAAGCACAACUACAAGUAGAAAUUACUACUAAACUCGAUGUUAUUCUUGCUGGUACGGGUCAAAUAACUAUGACGGGAAAUGUUCGAGGUGCAGGUUAUAUUCGUCUUACUGGAGCAGGAGAAUUCGAUGGCCGUGCAUGUCCUAUGAAUACUGUUAUUGUUGAUGUUACUGGUGUUGGUACAGCGUAUGUUAUUGGUGAACAAGCUGUUGAUGUUGCUGUUGGAGGAGUAGGUCAUGUGUAUUAUCAUGGACCAUUAAGAAAUCAACGAGUUAAUGGACUUGGAUCGAUUGAUUCAUUAUUAAGCAGUAAUGGUAAAUUAUUAAAAUCAUCUGCAAUAACAAUGAAAAUAUCUAUUAACUAUUAUAUAAUUUGUUUUUUCUUUUAUGUAUUCAAAUUUUUCUUGUAA